UUAGCCGCAAGGGUUUGUGGGUAACGGUGAGCCGUUUGUUUGCUUUUGAGCUAAUCGGCUAAUGUAGAAAUAACAGCGUUAAUUUAAUUUAGUGACUUUAGUGUUUUUGUGGUGUUAAUAAGCUGUAACCUGGUGUUCAGUAAUAAUGAAGUUCACAGGAUCGGCGCUAUUUAAACUCAACAGUUAGCAUUAGCUUGUUGUUUUGGUCCGUGCGCGAGCCCCAGUGUGUAGUGUUUAUUAUAGAGUGUUUAUUGAGGGACAGUGAUGACCCUGGCGCCGAAGGAGCUGACCACGCUGCUGGGCCUGCUGUCUGAGGAGGCUUGUGCCGGAACCUCAUUCGAGAGUCUCGCGAGUGCCUUCCAUCACUGCUUCGGUAAAGCCGAGCACUUCCGUGCAGGUUCUGUGCUGGUGCUGCUCCUACAGCAUGCCGACCUCCUGCCCGGUUCUGCUCAGCGCCUCGCUGCACUCUACCUGCUGUGGGAGAUGUACCGAACCGAGCCGCUCGCCUCCAACCCGUUCUGUGCCGUGUUUGCUCACCUGCUCAGCCCCGGAAAGGACGAGCACGAGCGUCACCUGUCAGGUUUCCUUCCCCCGGUCACUCUGCCUGAGAAGUUUUUUCUCUCCCAGCUGAUGCUGGCUCCUCCUCGGGAGCUCUUUAAGAAGACUCCACGGCAGAUCUCCUGCAUGGACGUGAGCUCGGCACCGCAGACCAUCGACAUCAGUGGACUCCAGCUCGCUCUCGCCGAGCGUCAGUCGGAGCUUCCCACUCAGAGCAAAGCCAGUUUUCCCAGCCUCCUCGGCGACCCUGACCCUGACUCCUCCCACUCAGGCUUUGACAGCUCCUUGGCCAAUCAGAUCACAGAGUCACUGGUUACAGGGCCACGCCCACCUCUGGAGAGUCAUUUCCGUCCCGAGUUGAUCCGACCGGCGCCGCCGUUGUUCCAGGCGAGCGAGGCCGAGCUUGCGUGGCUGAGUCCAGCUGAGCCCGAGCACCGCGUGCAGUGGGAUCGCUCCAUGUGCGUUCGUGCUGCCACCGGCCUCGAGACCAAACGCAUCAUGGCUAAAGCCUUCAAGAGUCCACUCUCAGCAUCUCAGCAGUCUCAGCUGCUGGCUGAGUUAGAGAAAGACCCGAAGCUGGUGUACCACAUCGGCCUCACCCCUGCUAAACUGCCCGAUCUGGUGGAAAACAACCCACUGGUGGCCAUCGAGAUGCUGCUGAAGCUCAUGUCCUCCAGCCAGAUCACAGAAUAUUUCUCCGUCCUGGUCAACAUGGACAUGUCCUUGCACUCCAUGGAGGUGGUGAACAGGUUGACAACGGCGGUGGAUCUUCCGCCCGAGUUCAUCCACCUGUACAUCUCCAACUGCAUCUCAACCUGCGAGCAAAUCAAGGACAAGUACAUGCAGAAUCGUUUAGUGCGCCUAGUGUGCGUUUUUCUUCAGUCACUGAUCCGCAACAAGAUCAUCAACGUGCAGGACCUGUUCAUCGAGGUUCAGGCGUUCUGCAUCGAGUUCAGCCGAAUCCGUGAGGCGGCCGGUCUCUUCCGCCUCCUCAAGACACUGGAUAAUGGAGAGAUGCCCGCGGAGGGAAAAGCUGCCAAAUAAUCCUCUGUUGAUUGAAAAAAUGCUGACGUGCCCUGACGUCAUGUGACCCGGAGCUCAUCUCGUCUCAGUUAACCCUGGACCAUCGUUGUUGAGCCCUUAUGAGGCUGAAAUUAUUUUUUUUACGAUAAAACAUGACCCAAGGCUGCUAAUGAGGGUGCUAAUUAGCCCCGAGUGCUGUUUGUGAAGUUUAUAGCUUAGCUGCCUAAAACUUCAUUCGAAAGCAACAAAGAUCUUGCGCUCAGCUCGACUCCACGUUAACACUGACACUGAAACCCAAUGGGAGCUUGUUCAUCUAGAUCCCACAGUAGAAACCUCACCCAGCCUUGUUUUUGUUCUGGAGAGAUGAACAAACUGUAACCCUGUACUGUUUUUCUUUACAGGCUUUUUUUUUUGUCUCAAGAAUUUUUAAAAACCUAAUUUUGAAAAAUAAACGAUAUAAAUAUAUUAUCAGAGAGUCUUUAGAGCCUCUGUGAAGGACAGAGGGACGGUGGCAGACUGUUGUAUGGCCAGUGUACAAACUGUGACAACAAUGAAAUAUUAUGCUUUCCUUCUAAUGUAUUAGAAAAUAGGGAGAAAAAAGAAUAAAAAAUGUAAACUAGUA